AUGGAAGAGAUGCCAACACGGCGGAUAACCCGAACGAUCCCUUUCCCAACCGGCCCACCACCGCCAGAUCAGGCUGCACAAGAGCAGACAAUGAUAAGCGCGCAGUUUGUCGCCGGUGACCAGUUGGCCAAUACCGCAGAUGAUCCAAAACGGACCUUUGCCGAGCGGUACUCUACAUCACCUCCGGACCUGGGCGAGCAGGAGCGGGCCAUGGUGAGUGCACAACUAGCGGCAGGUGAUGGCUCCUCCCAUCGUUCGGCACCAUCGGCCGGCGCGGCGGAUCACAACUUUGCAAACACUGCCCACAACGAAUUGUAA